AUUAAGGGUCCAUGGCAGAUCCGUAUAAAGAGCUUCUACGAGCCACUGUGAGAAAUGAGCCUACUACCGAAAGGAGGAAAAAAAGACGAGUCAACUCAGACAAGGUUAUAGAAGUAGUGAGCCGGACAGGGUCUGAAGAUUCAGACUCUGAUGACUUUGAAGAUGUUAACUUAGAUAUAGAUGACUACAACGCGUCAACUCCUGAUGAGGUCAAUGAGAUUAAGGAAGUUAAUCGAAUUAAUGAGGAUGAAACUUUGGUAUUUACUCUUGAUUCGAACACCAAUGAAGUAGUAUCUCCUAAAAGAAAGGUUAAUAUUGUCCUGAAGGAAGAGAGGGAAAGGCGGCGUCGCGUGCAUAAGUGUUAUGUAUUGAUGAUGAUUAUUCAUGGAGCCAUCCGUAAUUCAUGGCUCAAUGACUUCUCUAUCACCAAUUCCAUAAAAGAAUCAGUACCACCCUUGGUUAUAGCGCUUGUUAACCAAGAUUCGUCGUCUGAUAACGACAUGGUAAAGUCUCGUAGGUUUCUAGAUGGUAUCCAGAAGUUGAUGCUUAUCUAUUCGCAAAAGUUCAGAGUCAUAUCACAAGGGAUAAUAAGAAAGGAUUGGCAUGAAUUGAAUCUACGACAACCUAAUACAGAAAGAGUUACUUUGGCUAGAUUUAAAAGACUUGUGCUUAAUUCAAGAGGCUCUCGUGAUAUAGGUGCACAGGGAUUUGUCUUAUUGUUGCGGUCUAUCGGACUUAAUGCCAGAUUGAUAUUUUCAUUACAACCACCCGAUUUUACAAGUAUAACUCUGAAUACAGAUAAUAAGGAUAUUUCUACUGAAUCAGAAAAUGGUUCCGGUCCCAAAACAAUGACUCCCAGAGUGGCGGCUGCCAAUAAUAAGUCCCGAAUACUACAUCAAUAUAGAUCAGGCGAAUCCACCAGCAAGAAAGAACAGAGUAUAUUCAAAGAUGCUCCAUAUCCUGUAUUUUGGGCAGAAGUAUGGAAUAAAUAUUCCAAGAAAUGGGUAAGUAUAGAUCCAAUUGUUAAUAGAAGUAUUGAAGUAGUAUCUAUGAGAUCCAAAUCAAAGUUUGAACCACCAUUAACGGAAACAAGAAAUCAGUUGACAUAUGUAAUAGCUUAUGAUAGACUUGGGGGAGUAAGAGAUGUUACUAGAAGAUACUGUAAAUUUUUGAAUGCUCGAACAUCAAAGAAGCGUAUAUAUUCAUUUUCUGACGAAGACAUGCAUUGGUACGAAAGAGUAUUGAAAUUAACUAGUUCGGUCAUAAGGAGGUCUUUAAGUAAAAUAGAUAUAUUAGAAUUAAAGGAAUUCUAUAAUCGAGAUCUAGUUGAAGGUAUGCCUAAUAAUUUAGCAGAUUUUAAGAAUCAUCCUAUUUAUGUACUUGAAUCACAAUUGAAGCAAAAUGAAGUCAUUCAUCCUAGAACUGAAAUUGGAACUUUCAAAAGUGGUAAAGGAGGCAUACAACCGGUAUUCAAAAGAUCAAAUGUUCAUCAGUUGAAGUCAUCCCGAGCAUGGUAUAUGAAUGGAAGGGUUCUUAAAAUUGGAGAGCAGCCUUUGAAAACCAGAAGUAAAAAAUCCAGAGAUCAUGAAGUCGAGGACAUUAACCUUUAUGCUGACUUUCAAACACAAUUGUAUAUACCACCCAAGAUUGAGAAUGGAAGAAUACCGCGAAACGCCUAUGGAAAUAUAGAUAUUUAUGUGGCUAGUAUGUUACCUGAAGGAGCUAGUUUGAUUUUGACUCAAGAAAGAUAUCCUCUAUCUAUGCUAGAAAGAGCAGCAAAAAUCAUUGAUAUUGAUUAUGCCAAAGCGGUAGUAUCUUUUGAUUUUACUCGCAAGGGUCAUUCAGCACCCAAGGCUAAAGAAGGUGGGAUAGUUAUUGAAAGUAAAUUCAAAGAGGCUUUGAUGCUUGUGUUAGAGAGUUUGUUUGAUGAAGCCAGAGAAUUUACAAUUGAGCAAACGAAGUUAAGGGCUCUAACCAAUUGGAAAUUCUUUUUGACCAAGCUCCGUAUAACUAAAAGAUUAGAGAAGAGUCACGGAAAGGUAAUUGAAACUGACGAUAACGAUAUUGAAGAAUCAGAUUAUGAGAAUGAUAGUGAAGAAGAAGAAGAUGGGGUGAUUGAUAUCUAUGACGAUAGAUUUGAGGAUAUGUACGAUGAUGAUGACAGUAGCGAUAUUAGUAUGGAUGAUAAAGUAGACCAAGAAGGCAAUAAUAGCCUACGCAGAUCCGAUUCUAAUAUCAUAAUCGAACCAUUUGAAAAUGUGUCAGAACGAGAUAAGAGUAUCGAGAGUAUGGAUGAUGAAGAGGAAGGAGGAGGAUUCUUUAUUGAGUCAGAAGUAGAGGGUGUACAAAAUGCAAAUGUAAAUGCAAAUGAAAAUGAAGAUGUCAACGAUUAUGGGGUCAUUGACCCAAAUAGGCAUGUCGAGGAGACAGAUGAAGAAGAUUUACAAGAGUUGCUACAAGAUGAGCUAUUUAGUGAAGAUGAAAAUGGCGACUUAAUCUAUCGACCUAAUCGAACCACAAACACAAACACGAUACAGGAUGACAAAACUUUAAGUAAUGAAGAAAAUUUUGACUUUGAUUAUGAGUCGGAUUGAAAAUCUUAAAAAAGCAAUUCAUAAGAUUUGCAGCCCAUGUGACAUGGACUAAGUAAAUUAACCGAAUUAAUUAGGAAAAAGUUUUCCGCAGUUAAUAUAAGCCCCAGAAUAGACGUUGUAUUGUAUUAGUCUGGAAGGAAGGUGCGCAAUUGGAGUACUAUUCCAUAAUGAAAAGUUUGCGCAAUUGGGAUGAUUUUUUUGUUUUGUGAGGUAAAAAAUUUACCAAAAGUGUGGGACCAACGGAAUAAGGUUCUGUUUUAGGAAAGUAUAUACUACUAUAGGAAGAGUAAAAAAAUUUGCUUCGUUAUAUAUAUAAUAUGUGUUUUAACCCU